UUAUGGGACGUUUACAUUCUUGAAGGGGACCCGAUUUUGCUUGCGAUGGCGUUGAAUAUCAUGAAAAUGCAUGAAAAGUCCAUACGAAAGCUGCAGAUGGAAAAUUUCAUGGAUUUUAUACAGACAACGCUUGCAACUAAUUUCGGAUAUUCUGAUGACGAGGCGAUGUUUUCGUUACGGGAAGUGCUGAGUAAAUUGAAGAACGACGGCCUUCAUAUCCCACCCCCUCCGAAACCGGACGAUCUACCAGAGGUACCAAUGAAAGCUCUUGGUCCGAUUCUUUCUCGCCCAAUAUCGUCAAUCCGCGAAGAACAGGAGGAGAUCAAAUCGAGACGGAGUCAUGCGGCUUGUAAGUUUUAUUGUCGUGAACCUGUUGGUCGGUCACCUCAUCCACGCCGUAGUAAGAAGCCUAUUCAUUUAAGAACACCAUCUGCGCCGGGAUCUAGGCGACCGACAACAGAUGAUCCUUGUAGUAGUUCAUCCUCUAUGAUACCGGAAAAUCGUCAGGUUGUUGCGAAUGGCAAGGAUAUCCCCUUCGAAAUUCCAUCUCGACGAAUACCGCACUCAAGUUUCCAACACCUACCGCCACCGGAUCCACGACAGAACCCUCCGAACAAUGGUGUUGGACUCCCACCAAAUAAUGGAUUGCCCCAUAGACGUUUCGUAAGCAGUGAUGGUUUCGAGUUGAAACAGCCAACAUCCCACUUACGGACCUCAACGAUACGUGACGAGCAUACAGGGAAAAUGGUCACCGUGGUUCGAGGUGACGACGACAAUUUUGAAGAUUCUAGGCGUAGACAUGAACGACCGCCCCAUCCGGAGGAGAGCUGGCGGGACUCCCGACGGCAGCCGGAUCGUGUUCUCCACACCCAUAAUAACGUGACCAUAAUCACGCUCGGCGACGAUUCUGUUAUUUAA